GGCGCCGCGCAGCUGGGAGGCGGUUUCCUCCGCCAUCUUGCCGUUCCCUCCCUCCCUCAGUGUGGCCGGAUUGAAUGAGCGCGCCGUUUGCUCGUCCCGCGAAACGAGCGCCAUGUCGGGCACCCCGAGCCGCGCCGCCCCCGGCGGGACCCCGCUCUCCCCCGCCCGCAUCUCCCGGCUGCAAGAGAAGGAGGAGCUGCGGCAGCUCAAUGACCGCCUGGCCGUUUACAUCGACCGGGUGCGAGCGCUGGAGCUGGAGAACGACCGGUUACUGCUGAAGAUUUCCGAGAAGGAGGAGGUCAUCACCCGGGAGGUAGCGUGGGGAGCGGGGCCGCCGGGACCCGCCCGCCCUCCUUGGAGCCCGGCUGCUGGGGGCUUACCUGAGUGAGGGGCGGGGGCUCGC